CUUCAACUGACUCGUCAACAGAAAUUUAAAAAAAUAUUUCUUGUUUUUUAAUUAAUUUAAAAUUGAAAUGUGUCUUUUUUGAGUCCGUAAUUGAAAACAGAAGCCAUUUUUAAAUCGCCUUUCUUCAUUGCGCUUCUUUUAUUGAUGGACCGUGGUGGACCACACACACACAACAGCAGUGGAACGGACAAAGCGUUGUUUGAAAUUUCGAAUGUCGACAAAGUAUAAAGCGAAGCAACGGACUUUAAACAAAUAAAGAUUUAUAGUUUCUGAAAUGGCUGACAAUCAGCAGAGUAGAUUCGAAAAAUCUUUAGGUCUUCUGACAACAAAAUUCGUGACGUUACUACAAAAAGCCAAAGAUGGUAUCUUAGAUCUCAAAGUGGCCGCUGACAUUCUUGCUGUAAGGCAGAAGCGAAGAAUAUAUGAUAUUACAAACGUUUUAGAGGGUAUAGGACUUAUAGAGAAACGCAGUAAAAAUAGUAUACAAUGGAAGGGUGCUGGUCCAGGGUGCAAUACUCAAGAAAUGUCGAAUCGGCUUUCAACUCUUAAAAGAGAGAUAUCCCGUUUAGAAGAACACGAAAAGAUGUUAGACACUCACAAACAGUGGAUACAGCAGAGCAUUGUCAAUAUAUUAGAAGAUGGAGACAAUAAUAGGCUGGCAUACCUUACAUACCAAGAUAUUCGUAGCUGUUUUGAUGAUGAAACAAUUUUAGCAAUACAAGCUCCCAAUGGCACCCCUCUACAAGUACCAGUGGUUGAUUUGAAUGCACCCAAGCCUAAAUAUCAGAUACACAUGAAGUCGACAACUACACCUAUUUAUGUUAUGCUUGUGGAUUCUGAUGAAAAUCCCAACUCUACCGCUGUGGCCACUGUAACAUUACCGAAGAUGGAACUGAUAGAAUCUGCCAAUGAGGACCCAGCAACAGAUUGGGGUAGUAAAACUAUCAGUAAAAAAGGAAGUGAAAGAAAAGAAAUCAAAAAGGCUCCCUUUGACUCUGAUGUUGAAAAGUCUCCAACAAGGAGUCCAAGCAGCAGCCCAGAUUUAAAAAGAAAACUCGCAGCAUUAGUAGAACCUCCUGCUACUCGAUCAAAAUCAGGAAUCAAAGGCUCUCCAACCAAGAAGAUGGCAGAAGCAAUGCAGAGUCCUGUUCGUGGUGGGUUAGCUAAACGAGGUCGUCCAAGUUCUGGUAGACCCUCAAAGCAGCCUCGGCUAGAUGAGGAUGUAGAUGUCAAGGAAAAAGAAGAAAGUGAAACAAAUGAGAGUGAGGUUGACAAUCCAGCUGAAGCAGAUGCUGAGUCAGACAGUGAACUUACAGAGCUUGAUGCUGAAGUAAUUCUCAGAGAUUUGGGGUCCAAAGAUCUACUGUUUGGGGGUGAUAAUGGCUUGUCAGAAGAUACCUUUGACAUUUACGGACCGCUUCUCAGAUUAAGUCCACCGCCUUGUGAGAAGGACUACUUGUUUAAUUUGGGUGAGGGUGAGGGAGUAUGUGACCUUUUUGAUGUACAAAUGUUUACCAUGUAGAAUUAUCUUUAUCUAAGCUGUACUUUUCAAAUUGAACUCAAAUUUUUAUGUCACCUUUAGGGAAUAUUUUCUUACCUUGCUGCCACACGACCUGGUGGAUUAGGGUGUUACAAAUCAUCUCUGUCAGAGUUUCUUACAAUAUAAAAUUAAUAGUACAAAUAAGGUUUUGUGAAACUUUGUAAAAUUGGUGUGGUGCUUAGUGCUAUUGUAAUUGUUUUGAUUUCUCAACACUGCAUGUUUAUUUUCCUUAUGAUGUAUUUCUCUGUUAAGCCAUUUUGCCUCCAAAGAACUGUAUUAUUAAUUUUAUUUUUUUAAUUUUUUUUUCUCUUGGUCACACGGGAGUGUGCUCUGGUAAAGUUUUUGGCUUUUGCUCUGCAGGCUUAGCUCAAAUUUUUCUAGAAAGUGUAUAUUAUAUUUUUACACUCUAUAGUGUUUUGAUACAUUCUUUUCAUUCAUUCAGUCUCUUAAUUGAACAUUUGUUGCCUCAUCUAAUUUUAGAUGUAUUUUGUGAUUGACUUUGCUAUCUAUUUUCAGUUUUGUUCCUGUAUUGAGGAUUUAGAACCGGCCACCUAUUUAUGAUUAUUAUCUUGUUUUAUUUUGUAUCUACUCAUAACAUAAGUUAUGAUUCUCAGAAUGUCUUUUGAAUGAGAACACAUUUUUACUGACACCAAAGACUAAGCUUGCUUUGACAUCUUAACAAGUUAUGCUGGUUAUAAGUGCUAGUUCCGUUUUGUCAGUUUACUAGUUCUCAAUUGGCUUUGUGUAUUUUGGGUGAAUAGCACUAGUUUUGAUACAUUCCUGCUACCAAAAGAAUUUCAUCAAGAUGACAAAGAAUCAAACGCAAUUUCUAUCAGCAUAAAAUUAUAAUCAUGGUAUCAACUUCCCAUUAAAUGUCAAAGCCAUAAUCUAAAAUUUAGAGUUUGAUGAGAUUGUGUUCUCUUAAGUUCACCUCUUGUAUAGUGCUCAAUGUCGUAGUUGGAUUAUGCGAUUAUCAUUUUGUCUUCUAACAUUGCACUGAUUUUUCUUAUGUUUAUUAGCUGCUCUAGCGUUUCAAUUCACACGUAGGACUUAAACUUCUCCCUUUAUAUUUCUUAUUUAAAUUUUGUUUCCACAUUUUGACAUUUUUUCUCUUUUUGAAGAAUAUAUGAACAAGAUUAGAAUAUUUGUGAAUUGAAACCUAGAGUUGUAUGGAUUUUUCUCUCCUUUUUUUUACCAAUCUGUAGUUUUUUUUUACAAAAAAUCUUUGGUUAAGUUUUGUCCUCUUCUUGGGUUACUGUCCUAAACGUAGAAAUUAUUAUUAAAUAGAUUUGUUAUAUUUCCACAUUAUGCUAUCCACAUUUCUGUCUACUUAUUAUGACUGUAUUGGUUGUCAGGAGUACUUGUUACUUUGUUAUCAGUCAUGAUUCAGUAAGCAAGCAAAAGCUAAUCUGUUACCUUUAUAGAUAUUCUUUUCAGGCCUUUCCAACAUUUUUUCCCCUUUUAAAUUAUUUUGCUGUGUUCACUUUUGAAAUGGGUUACAAAUACACCACUCGAUUUAUA